AUGGCUACAAGCACAACUAAUGUGCACGAGCUGCCUCAUUGUAAUACCAAUAUUCCUAACCCAAAUGAUACGUGUUUCGACUACGAGCCAACAUUGCAUAUGUGUUUUGAUACAAUGGAAGAAGCAAAACAAAUUUACAUAAAUUACGCCAUUAGAUGUGGAUUUGCUGUGCGUACAAGAACUUCUAAAAAAGAUAAGGAGAACAAUGUGUACUACUUGCGAUUAGUUUGUUCAAGGGAAGGCAAAUAUGUAUCUUCCAUCAAACCUGAGGUCAAAACACUUCCUAGUCAAACAAAUCAAUGUCCAACUGGCAUUACCAUUGCAAGGAAGGACAAUAAAUGGUUUAUAAGGACUGUCGUGCUAGAUCACAGCCAUGACCUAUGCCCGAAUACCACUAAGCUAAUUCCUGGGAAUAGAAAAUUAAGCAUGCAAGCUAAACACACGUUGGAGGUGAACAACGAUGCGGGAGUUUGGAUAAAUAAGAGUCUCCUUAGCAUCGUGAGCAAUAUAGGUGGAUUUAAAAACAUGGAAUUCAUAGAACGAGAUGCGCGAAACUACAUUAUGCAACACAAAAGAUCGUUAUGUAAGGAUGGUGAUGGUCAAGCCCUCCUACGACACUUUUCAUCUAUAAAAGAUUUAAAUAACGAGUUCUUCUAUGACAUUGCAUUGGACAAAGGGAAUAGAAUCUGUAGUGUGUUUUGGGCAGAUGCAAGAAGUCGAGCUGCAUGUGAGGAAUUUGGUGGUGUUGCGUCAUUCGACACCACCUACUUAACAAAUAAGUAUGACAUGCCAUUUGUGCCUUUUGUCGGAGUUAACCAUCAUGCUCACUCAGUAAAAACACAAAUUACCGCGGCUUUUACCGAAGGCUUCUCGGCCUCGGUAAUUUCAGUUUUCCAAAGGCUUUACCGAGGGCCUGUAGAGUAG